CUUCGCUCAAUCUUUCUCCUUCGUUUUCUUUCCACUUUCUUGAGAAACACACAACCCUUUACUUCCCUGAAUCUUCAGAAGCUUCUUCUCACGAUGGAUUUCGAUACCGAGUUCCCCAUGCUUUCUAGAAGACAACUAGAAGCUAUAACCGAUUUCCUCAGAGUCGAGCACGAAUUCAUGGCUCCUAGGUCGUUUUACACAUUAUCAUCCAACGCUCGGAAUCGGAUGCACGCGGUUUCGACGAUAGCUAAGCUCGCUAGCACCGAAACUAUGGAUACGUACAUUCCGUAUGUUGCAGUGAAUUACUUCGAUCGCUUUAUUUCAACGAAUUCGCUUUCAGAAUUACAAGGGUCUUCUUUACUUGAUAAAAUUCGUUUGGUUGCAAUAUGUUGCUACACACUUUCCGCCAAGAUGAGGACAAAGAAUUUCUUCCAAAAGGACAUUCUGGUAAACCACAAUUUCCACUGAAAUUAAAAUGACGUU